GCCUCCCGGAAACCACAGCCUCUCAGCUUCUCCAAAUUGGGGAACAUGGAUCUGGGAGCAGCCACACUCCCUUCCUGACAGACCACGGAAAUGAGCCCUGACUUGGCCCCAGCACACUUCCUGACUGGCCGAGCCCUGCCUUGCCUCACCCGGGACAAGGGCAGAGAAGCGGUUGAGAGGCUGGCGCUCAUGUCCCCCCAUCUCACCACCCUCCUGGGCCUGGGGCUCUGCCUGGGCCAGGUGAUCCACACGCAGGAGGGGCUCCUGCCCAAACCCUCCCUCAGGGCCGAACCUGGCCCUGUGGUCCCCCGGGGAAGGCCUGUGAGCUUCGUGUGCAGUUCCCUAGUUUGGGCUCAGUCAUUCCACCUGGAGAAGGAUGGAAGACCUGUACACCCUGAUCAGAUAAGUGUGCCUCAAAAUGGUUCACAGAGGACGCAGGUCACAUUCAACAUCCCCGCGGUGAGUGAAGACACUGCCGGGAAUUAUACCUGCAUCUAUCAACAUGUGUAUGGCCGGUCUGAGCGCAGUGAGCCCCUGGAGCUGCAGGUGGCAGAGGAGGAUUCCACACCACCCUCAGGCCCCACCUCCCGGGAUUACUCCAUGGAGAACAGCAUCCGCUUGGGCCUGGCAGGCGUGGUCUUGCUGAUCCUGGUGGCGAUUCUGGUGGAAGCUGGGCUCAGCCAGCGCAGGUCCCCACAGGGACCACAGGAGUAAAGACAAGGGAGCCCACUAGCUAUUGGGGGCCCCAGGGCCCCAUCAGGGACCUCCCCAAGGGCUCAGAGGCAGAAAUCAAAAAUUGAGGAAAGGAGCAAAGUUUAGUAGCAGCUUGGUGUCAAACAUGGGAAGAUAAGACCUUCCAAAUCUUAGGAAUAUAAAUAAAAAAUCAGACCUUUGAAAAGGAAAUCUGACAGCACCAGCCUUGCAUUGAUAACAUCUUCGCAUCGAUGGCAUCGGCAUCUUUGAGGGGAGCCAGAGCAUUGUCAUUGACAGCAGAAGCCUGAAUGGGAGACCAUCCCCCAGAGGCUCACCAACCUGCAUCAGCUGUGGGGCCUCCUCAUCAAGGAGAUGGAGAAGCGGCACCAGCAGCUGGAAGAGGUACAUCGGACCCAGAGAAGCUCCUUGUCCCUUCGGUCAAAAGACUGAGCAUUGCCCCAAUGAUAGUGAUGCAGGAGACAAAAAUGAAGGCUAAGCAAGGGAUCAAGGUGCUGAUUAGCUUUGGUGAGCUGCCAGUUUUCUCUAAAUUCUUGCAUGGCCAAAUCUGAGGAUUCUGAUUAGAUAAUUUUCAUUUUGUAGCUGAAAAUGUUAAUAUGUCUGUAGUUUGAUUUCUCUUAUUGCUGUGUUGCAUUGGCAUUAUUUUGUUAUGUUUUUAAUAGCCAGAGUUAUGUUCAAAUUUAUGUUUAUUGUAGUAGCUUAAAAACAAAAAAGGGGGAGAUGUAGGGAGCGGCUCUAGGGUCAAGCCUUGGGUUGACCUGUGGCAGGGCCACAAUCAAGUCCCAGCAUGGAGGACAGAGCUCUCUUAGCAUAAUUAAGCCUGACCUGUAGCCCUCCCUAAUUCCUUCCCAAGU